AUGGCUUUCACAGUCCUGUCCGACGAGGACGUAAAACAGCUCUUCCAGAACUUCGGCCCCGACGACGUCUCCCACAUGUCCGACGUCCUCACGGACGCCUUCCUCUCCUACUCCGUCGGCCAAGAAGCACAAUACCAGCCGCACCGCGCCGCCGUCGUCCGCCCGGACGGCACCACCGGCCUCUUCAUGCCCGCGACCAUGGAGGGCGGCAUGUCCGUCAAGGUCGUCGGGCUCCCGCCGCCGCACGCCGCGGCCGGCGGCCUGCGCUGCGUGCUCACCGUGUGCGAUGGCACCGGCCGCGCCGUCGGCGUGAUCAACGCCGAGGAGCUGACCGCCUUCCGUACGUCGCUGGGCUCCAUCCUGCUGUACCGCUACCGACAGGCGACGGAGAAGAUUGUGGUCUUCGGCGCGGGGAAGCAGGCGCUGUGGCAUCUGCGCCUGGCUCUCGUGCUGCGCGGCGGGGAUAUGAAGAGCGUCACGAUCGUUAACCGGUCUGAGGGCCGCGCGCGCCAGCUGAUCGAGCGGUUGCGGCAGAUGGGUUCCGCAAGUGGUGUUGGGGACUGCUCGGGGGUGGAGUUCUCUGUCAUCGAGGCCGCGCCGGGGACGACGCCUGCGGAUGAGGGUGCGCUGCGGGCUGCUGUUGAGGGGAGCGAUGUCAUCUUCUGCACGACGCCCUCGACUGAGCGGCUGUUCCCCGCGGAGUGGCUGACGUCGGAGCGCGCGACGGCGAAGACGCGGUACAUUGCCGCGAUUGGGUCGUACAAGCUCAACAUGAAGGAGAUCGACCCCGACUUCCUCAGGGCUGUUAUCGACACGCCGCUGGGAGCGUAUGCGCCGUCGCAGGGCGAGAAGAAGGAUGGCGUGAUCUUUGUGGACAGCCGGGAGGCGUGCUUUUUGGAGGCCGGCGAGCUUGUGGAGGCCAAGAUUCCCGCGGAGAAGAUUGUCGAAGUUGGCGAGUUCACGGACAGGCUGCGGAAAGCGGGCGACGAUGAGGCGAAGGGGCUGAAGGAGUGGCUUGCGAAUGGUCUUGUUGUGUAUAAGAGUGUUGGCAUUGGUAUCAUGGAUCUGUCGCUUGGAAAGGUCAUUCUGGAGCUCGCUGGGAAGCACAAGGUCGGCACCACCUUGGCGAAGUUUUAG